CCUCCUCCUCCUGCUCCCGCUCCCCCCGCCGGCUCUGCUGCUGGCGGCGGCCCCGGCAGCCCCUCCGCCGCGGCCUCCCUGCCCCCGGCCGCGGAGCCCGUGAGCCGCAACGCGCUGGCGGGGGAGGAGCGUCCCGGGAUCGCGCAGCCCGACAUGGGUCCGGCGGCCGCGCAGCCCCCGCCGCCGCCCGCAGCUCCGCCCGCCGCCCGCCGCUGAGCGGGAGCGGAGCGCCGGGGGCCGCACGGGGCCGCGCCGCUGCCCGCCCCGGAUGAGGCGCCGCUCCCCCCCCGCCCCGCUCGGUCCCCGCCGCCCUCUUGCGCGCAGGGCGCCCGCGGAGCCCCCGCGGCCGCGGCCCCGAUGAUGGACAGGAACUACCCCACGACCCCCGGCUUCGCCGAGCCCCUGGCCCCGGGCACCGCGCCGCCCGCCGCCUCCUGGGCCUACGAGCGCGGCGCCGGCAGCCUCAAGCCCAGCUUAAGCUAUGGAGGAGGACAUUCAUCACAUUCAGAAACAGACCUUCACAGACAGACAUAUACAACUCCUCAUCAGCUUCCUGGAUACUCAACUACUCAACAUCCUGCUGGUCUUUCAGGAAUAUUUGAUACCAGUAUGCACAGUGCUGGAGGUAACACUAAGGAAACUUCUUCAGUUAUGAAUUUUCUCUCUGCUAUUGAGUCUCGUACUGCUCAGGCAGUCUCUUCAGGAUCUACCCUUUUACCACAAUUCAGGGCUCCUUCCUGGCAGACAGGUAUGCAUUCCUCGACAGCCACAGAGCUAUUUGUCACUGGAGCUCUGCCAACCUCUGGAACAUUUCCACCAACCUCUGCUUUAUCAGCCUAUCAGCAUCCCAACACCUUCAGCAGCAGAAACUUUGCCACUACCCCUUCUCUUACUCUCCAAGAUGCUACUUUCAGUGCUACAUCAAAUGGUCUCUUGACUCCCCACGACCCUUUAUUGCAGAUUAAAACAUCGCAGGGCACUGUUCCAGCUGCGCUGACAUUCGAGCGCCUGGGCAGCUCUGUUCUGAGUACCAGUGUGCCCCCCCAGUCAUCCACAUACCGUUCUGCUCAAGAGUCUGCACCCCAUCUCCUGCAGCCUCAGUUCAGUUUGUUGCCUUCCACCCUUGGAGGAGCUCAGCAGGUGUCUCAGGCCUACAGCACAUCAGUCUUCACUGGUUCCACUGCUUCCAUGGACAGAGCACUUCAGAGAGAAUGUAGUGUUAUUAAACACCACCAGCGGCCUUCAAGUACUCAGUCUGUGCAGCCUCAGCUGGCUGUGUCACAGCAUUCCUUACACAGCUAUUUAACAAGUACAAGUGGAGUUAACUUUCAGGAUACAUCUAGGCACUCAGCGUUACCCUGCAGUCCAGUUGGAGAUGUUACUCAGGUGAGCAAUGGAGGACCACAGCAGAAGACUUCUCAAGUCACGGUGGAACUUGCUCAGUCGUACACAUCUGCAAUUCCAUCACCUGGUUUUCCAUCUGCUUCCACAGCAAAAGUGAAAAACUGUUCCAUGAAGCAGCCUCCGAGGUCCACAAAGACCCCCAAACCUCAGAGUGUAGCUCCCACUGUGCAGACACAAAGCUAUGCCAAAACUGCACAGAACCAGAGUUCUGUCAUUACAGGCCAAGCACAGAUCUAUUCUACAGCACAGCUCCCCAGCCUCUUGUCGGUCAGUCAGUCCCAAAAUUAUGUUUCAUGCCAGGCUCAGAAUGUGCCACCUGUCAGCCACUCACAGGAUUUCUCAUCCAGCAAGGUUGAGAAGCUGCCCUCACUGUAUAAAACAUUGACUUUUUCUGGGCAAUCACAAGCUAUUACUUCUGACAGUCAGACUCUAAAUUACUCCUCAGAGGAACAGGUCUUGACCUCGGUUCCAAAUGAGAACUACUCUGGGCAAAUGAGGGAACUUUCUUCAGUCAGCCAGGCUCAGAGCUACUCUUCUAGUCACUCUCAGGGUUUAUCUCCAGUUACCCAGUCCCAGGUUAAUUUUUCAUCUCAAUCACAAGUUUUAGCAGCUGUUAGUCCUUCAGAAAGCUAUUCUUCAGGGCAGUCUUUAACACUAACAUCACCUUCUCUUUCCUUUAAUGCAUCUCCUCGGGUACAAACUCUUCCAGCCUCGAGUCCUAAUCAAAGCUAUAUUACUUUACAUUCUUCUCAGAACUCACAGUCACAAGAAUCCUCCUCCCCACAGUCUCAAAAGUUUUUGCCAUCUGUCCAGUCUCCUUUUGCAUCCCCAGCUCACUCCCAAGCGCUGCAGAACAACAGACCUUCCUCAGAAACAAAGUCCUAUGUUAAAAGGAAGUCUGACUCCAAUUUGUAUGCCUCAUCCAAACAGGAGGAGGAAUUAUCAAUGCAGGACAUGCAGGCAUUGCAACAGCAAGCUACACUUGAAUCUUCCACUCAAAGCCUAACAGAGGAGGAGAUCAGUGCUCAGGAUGCAUCCUACAGGGUCUCAAAAGCAAAUGACAGAUACUCUCAAAGCGUCAUCAGAAGCAACUCUCGUCUUGAAGAUCAAGUUGUUGGACUUACUCUUCAAGGAACAAAAAAAGAUGAAAGAAUGGUCAGUUCUGUGGAGCAGCUUUCCCAACACAUUGGCCAUAUCAGCAGCCUAAGCCAUGAUAUCAAAAAGACAGCAAAUUUAAUGAGAACAGCACAGGGAACUGUGAGUGCUAAGGAGUUAAACCAACAGCAUUCUCUUAUGCAUAAGGUACAUGAAAGUAAAGCUCAAGAGCAGCAGGGCCAAGUCAUCAGCACACCACCACAGGUUCAGCCUCAUGCUUUGAGACAUGGUCAUCAGCUGUGUUUGCCCAGUGCACAGGUACUGCUGGAGUCAACCUGUGACUUGCAGAUUCUUCACCAGUCAAUCCUGCAGUCGGGUUUAGGGCAAGCAAAGGCAUCACCCCAAGUGCAAAGAAUACAGAGUCCUCAGCAAGUGACACACCCAUUCCUUCAGAUGGAUGGUCACAUUGUUCAGAGCAAUGGGGCUCAUUCUCAGCAACAGCUUCAUAGUCAGAAUUCAGAAGUAAUGAAGAUGGACAUUUCUGAGUCUUCAAAACCACUACAGCAGCAUUUGACAGCAAAAGAUCACUUCACUCAGACAAAUCAGCACGAUGCAAAGAAUCAGUUUGUUUCUCUUAGUUCAAUAUGCUUCCCAGAAUCUAUACUUCUCAGUGAUGAGAGGAAUAUAUUAUCCAAUGUGGAUGACAUCUUAGCAGCAACAGCAGCAGCUUGUGGAGUGACACCAUCUGACUUUGCCAAAUCAGCUUCUAAUGAAGAGGAAAUCCAAGCUGUUGAAAAUAGCGAGGAGUCUAAAACGCAGUUCCGAGCGUUGGAUUCCAGACAUGUGUCUGCUGUUUUCAGUGCCUCACCUACUGUAGUUGGAAAGCCAGCAAGCAGAAAUAAUAUUUCUCUGAAUGGAGGCCAAAUUACUCUAAACCUUACCCCAGUGUCAACAAUACAGACAAAAACUGUGAACCUGGAUCAGCAGCACCUUGAGACUUCUGAUCAGAGUGUACCAAUAAGAAUGACCUCUCCCACCCUUGGUGCUGGUCAGGAGGAGCAGGAGGCUGUUCGAGUGAAAAAACAAUCUAGCAUCAGUCAUGAAUCUGAGGAAGAUAAUGAUGCUUCUGUUGAUGGUACACUGACUGCAAGGGACACAGAGUUUGUUUCAAGUGCUAGGAGCCUGAGUGAGGAAAGUGCUGCUUCAGAGAAUGAUUUUAAUGUGGGUAGUGAUGAUGGUACAGUAGCAGGUAACCAGUCAAAGGUUCCAUUGCAGCCGCUGUCUGUGCCCCAAAGUGCAGAUGGAGCCAUUAAUAGAGCUGAGGAAGAAUGCCAAGAUUUAGCUCAAGGGAACCUCCAGAAGAAAAAAAGCAAAGGAAAAAGCCAAAACAAAAAUGCUGCAGAAGAUGACAGUGCAACUCAGAAACAGGUAAAAAGGAGUGGACAGUGUAAACGUCAAAAUUCAAGAGGAAAUGAUUCAUGUUUCACAUACUCUUCUCCUGUUUCUGAAGGUUGUUAUGAUACUUACCAACACCAGGAAAGAAUGAGGCAAAAAAUUAAAGAAGUUGAAGAAAAACAGCCUGAAGUCAGAACAGGAUUUAUUGCAUCUUUUUUAGACUUUCUAAAGUCUGGGCCCAGGCAACAGUUUUCCACUCCAGCUGUACGAAUGCCAAACAGGACUAGGAGACCAGUCACACAAAUAGUUCGUGCCCCUUGCCUGCAGCCCUCUGCAAAGCCCCAGCCAGCAGCAGCACCACCUGUAGCUGCUGAGGUCAGUGGAGAAAGUCCAACCAAAAAAGCUGAUGAGGAUCUCAAGAAAAAUUUAGAAGCGUUGCCGUCGUUUUCUUCUGAUGAAGAUGAUUCUGUGGGUGGUAACCAUGAUCUUCAAAAGAGCAUCUCUACUGCAUUGUCAGCCCUGGAUGAAACAUCUGACAAAAAGAUCAAAUCAGAAGCUGAAAAAGUGACAGUUGUUACUGCUGCUGCCACCACCACCAGUGCUGUAAUAAAGCAGGAAUCUCCACAGACAACUGCUCCUGUAGGGAAUGUGCAGGAAAAAGUGAAUCCAGCUGACCCCUUGAAAGUAGCUCAACAGGAUGCUGUGACUUCAGAACAAUUGGCAAAAACACAGGAGACUGUUGCAAUAGAAGGAUGUACUGAUGAGGAGAAUAUGGACAGUGAAGGAGAGGGGAUGUACAGAGAACGUGAUGAAUUUGUAGUGAAGAUUGAAGAUAUAGAGACACUAAAGGUUGCUUUGCAGACAGGAAAAGAGCCUCCAGCUAUCUGGAAAGUACAGAAAGCUUUAUUGCAAAAGUUUGUUCCUGAAGUGCGUGAUGGACACAGAGAGUUUGCUGCUACUAACAGUUAUCUUGGGUACUUUGGGGAUGCAAAGACAAAAUACAAACGAGUGUAUGUGAAGUUUGUUGAAAAUGCAAACAAAAAGGAGUAUGUCAGAGUAUGCUCAAAAAAACCACGAAUCAAGCCUGUCCAGUCAGCAAGGACUAUUCACUGCAAACCUAGUAAUAGCAACAUCAAACCCCCUGAUCCACCAACACCAAAACCAACAGCAACAAAAGUCUCUUCUGUGAAACCCAAAGCUAAACAGCCAAAGGUAAAGGCUGAACCACCACCAAAGAAAAGGAAAAAGUGGAAAGAAGAAUUUUCAUCUUCCCAGUCUGAUUCUUCACCUGAAGGCCAGAGUGAAGAAGAUGAGGUUGUACCUCCAGCUCCACUUGUUACUCGUUUUUUGAAUACAAGAGCAAUGAAAGAGACUUUCAAGAGCUACAUGGAGUUGCUUGUUAGCAUUGCCUUGGAUCCAGACACAAUGCAAGCCUUGGAAAAGAGCAAUGAUGAGCUACUCUUGCCUCACAUGAGAAAAAUUGAUGGUAUGCUGAAUGACAAUAGGAAAAGGCUGCUUUCCAAAUUGCACUUGGAUCAUGCUUUCAAGAAUGCUUUGGAAAACUUUCCUGAACUGACAGUGGUCACUCGGGAUUCCAAGACAAAGUGUGGAGGGACAUCUGUGUCUAAGAUCAAAAUGAAUGGUAAAGCUUACAACAAGAAAACACUGAGGACUUCUAAAUCAACCACUAAAUCAGCACAGGAGUUUACAGUAGAUCCAGAAAAAAUACAGUUGUACUCUUUGUAUCACUCACUCCAUCAUUACAAAUAUCACAUAUAUCUAACAUGUAAAGAAGAGAUUUCUUCUGUUCAGAAGACGAGUGCAGAUCUAGGCCAGGAAGAGAUUGUGCAGCUGUGCAUGAAAAACAUAAAAUGGGUGGAGGAUCUUUUUGAAAAGUUUGGUGAACUUUUGAAUCGUGUCCAGCAGAAAUGCUCAUAACAAACAUGUAUCCCAAAUCUCCCAUUUUUCUACGGCACUAACCUGAUGGAACAGAAAGCUCCGAGAGAGGCUCUGAUUUCUUGUACAAUGCCAGACUGCAUUCUUGUUCAUAGCCAUUUUUAUUUCUCUUUAUGGAACUCUGUGCCUUGGCUCUUGCUAAGGAAAAGUGAUGCUGCCAAGGAAAUCAGUCCUUUGGAGAUGGAACUAAACAUAAACCUAAUCACAUUUUUAACCUGAAGAGUUAUUUUCGAUUUUGUAAACUAUUGGAUAACUUAGUUUUAUUUUCAGAAAUGUCUUUGACAAGUGAUGAAGCAUGCACUACAUAUACUUUUUUUCUUUUUUAUUGCUCAACAGAUAACAACACUUAAAAUACUACAGAUUUUUCCAUCCCUGACUAAGUGAGAGAAAAGUCAGCGUUGGGGCGAACUAAUUUUUACAUGUCUGGCCACCAAAUUUAGAGUUUUGUACAUUUUGUGAACAGAGCUGGAGUGACAUCAGUUUCUGCAUACAUAUAUUGCCAUCAUAAAAUCCAGAAAUUUCAUUAUGCUUUAUGGACUCCUUUUACUAUUGUCAUGUUCAGGAGACUGAACAUGGAGUUGGUGCAAUCCUAUGACUGCUUUUGUGUCAAAUUAUAUUGUAAUGAAAGACAAUGAACUUAACUAUUUUCCCUGUUUUGAAGAAAAAAAUAUUUUCCUUUAUACUGUGUUUUUUUUUUCUUUUGGAAAAAAAAAUUCAAUUGUACAUUUUAUCUCACUAAUAGUUGUAUUUUUCACAGAGGAAAUAUUGUGGUUAAAAUUGUUACAUGUAUCUUUGUAAUACACUUUCCAUUGUUUUCAGUAAAUCCUAUUCAUUUAUAUGUUGAUUUUAUAUUGUAAACUAUGUAUCUCGAGGUAACCCUUUUGUUUAUACAGGUUUGCUUCAGUGUUAACCAGAAUAAUGCAUAAUGCAUACUAGACUAGUUUUGCUUUAAGUGUAGUUGUGUUAGACACUGCAAUUAUUUUCUGGUAUGUGAAAAUAAAUUUCUUACUAAACUAGCACUUGAUUAACUGAGAGUUUAAAUGAAGAGCUACUAUACUUUAUCUUGGUCAACAAAGAUUGUUGAUUGAAAGUAGACUAUAUGCAGUGUUAAACACAGCUUACAUAAUUGUUUGUAGAACUGGCAGUUGCAGAGCUGUUCUCUUUUUGGUGCCUUUCAAGUCUUCAGACAUCUUUGUAGCUUUUCUCCCCCUCCAGGUUGCUAACACUUACUAGUGCCACUAGUCACACUCAGACAAUGAAUGUAAUGGGCUCUAAUCAGGAGAACAUUUUCUUUGAAUUUGCCAAUAGAAUGCCUUACUGAGUCCUUCAGAGUGGAGAUGUACUCUACUGGCGUCCUAAAAAAAAAGUCAUGUCUUUUUUCAGAUAAUGUCGAAAAAAACUUCAUUCCUUUAUCCUUUUACUGCCACUUAGUGCCUUAAUUUCAGCCAAGAGAGCAGGGUUCACUAUUCAUUGGCCAAAUGAAAUAAUGUUCAUUGCCAUGUGACCUUUCCCCCAUGUUUGGAUCCUAUUUAGUUGUUAAAUAUUCAUUAGACCGUAGAACUAUAAAGAGUUUAAUGAAUAGAUGUGAAAAUGAAUUAUUUGAUCUUGAGUAAGCAAAUAGAGGCUUGAAUAUUAUUAAAGUAUGUACAGAAUUUUAGCUGAUUAGAUUUAGAACCUUGUAGGAUGUUUACCAUAUUUCCAAAGCUUUUCAUCCUUAAAAAGCAAUAAUUCUCCUUUACAAUUUGUGUGCAGACUAGAUGAACAGAAAUGGGUGUGUGCCCUUGCCUUUUUUAAAGCCUCUUCCUCGUGGUUUUGGAUUAAAAAGGGAGGUCACUGUCGUGUUAAUGACACAUUGUGCUACUGCUGUGUCUGCAAUUAUCUAGGAGAGAGAGGUGGGUUUGGGGUUAGGCAGAAUAUGCAGAUUGUUAGAGCAAUCAUGGAGCUAAUUAAUUCCCACGGUGAAAAGAAGGGUAGUAGCUGUGGGGAUAAGGAAUUUCUAUAGUUUCAGUCCUGCUGGGCCUGGUAGGAGCUCAAGUUUUUAGGGUGAAACCAACCAGCAGAGUUAGCAGCCUUGGCAGCAAUCAGAUAAAAUGAUUUUAAUGUCAAUGUGCACACUGGAACAGUAGGAAGGUACCUGGCACACUCUUCAGUCACUGGUGGGCAUUCCCAAGUUUACUCAGUGCAUUCCCUUCCUGGCAUGAGGGUGUAGGAGAGGGAGUCACUUGCCCAGGCAGAGCUCUGUAGUCCCAAAACAGUUUGGAAAUUCCUAGUCUGUGGUUAUAAAAAUCAUUAGGAUACAGACAGAGGGAACAAUGGAAUCAGCUCCUUGAUGGUGCAGAGCAGGUCAGACUUUGCCUCUCUCACACCCCAUCCUAAUGAAGCAUUGAGAGAGUUCUCUGUACUUUCUAGAUUACCACUACUGUCUACUUACUGGAUUUUCAAAUCUAGAAGUUGCUUUAGAAAGCUGCUUUCAGUCCUUAGAAGCUGAAAAAAAAAAAUAAAUAAAUAAAUGAGAGGCUUUUGGAAUAGCUUGUCCCUAUUUAAAAAGGAAAUAAUUUUAGCAACAACCAUAAAAAAAAAAAAAAAAAAAAAAAAGGAGGGGGCAGAGGGGCCAUGAUGCUCUGCACUGCCAUAGAAAGUGACCUGGCUUAUUUUGGGCUUAUACUUGGCUUAUUUUUGUUUCCCAAGGCCAGUUAAACAAGCACUGUGCCUGUAGAAGACAGGAAAAACUUACCUUGAAUAAAAGUAACUGCCCCAGACUAUUAAAGAUUAAUAUAAUGGAGCUUCCAUCUUUGUCUUGAGGUGCAAAAAUGGUGGCUGGAUUGUUAAUUUACCAAACUAGAAUAAGUAAAAACAUGGAACUCUCGAGUGUGUUGAAGGGUCAUAAAUCAAAGCAAAGCUUUGUUAGUAGGAUUGAAGAGGUUUUUUAUACUGAAGCAAACUUAAAUGAAAAAGUCAAUGUACAGAUUACUUUUUUUUUGCACAAAUACUUUGUUUUCUUGCAUUUUUGGUAAUGAAGUCUGCACCCACACCUCAAAUUUUUUCACCUUUGGAGUAACAGUGAGGUCUUCAUCCCUUACUAUGACAGUGGAAAUUGAGCACUGAUUUGACUGCAAGAGAAGAUGCACUAGGAAGGAUCAAAGCCCUCCUUAGACUAUGAAUUAGCAAAACAGGAAUGAAACAAAUUGCAUAAUCACUUAUUUGGCUUUUAAUUCCACUAUUCUCUCCUUUAGUGUGGCAUCCCAAUUUACACUGGGAUUUGGUUUUAUUCAAAUACAACAUUUCUCUUAAAGGCAGGUUUUGCUUUGAGAUGCUACUCCCAAAGUUUUGCUAGCAAAAAAAAUCAGAGACAAAAUUGGAUUGAGAAAUUGUUUCUGAAAACAGCUAAGGACUUUAGGGUCUUUGAGGUUCUGUGGCAUGUAUUGUAUUCAUAUAUUGUCAAAAUGAAAUACUACUUUUUAAAAAGUCAGAUCUUACAGGCUGUCUUCCAAGUAAAUGAUUUCCAUAGGAAAUAUAUUUUAAAUAUUAUUUAAAUAUUUACUACUAUUUAAAACAAUUUUAAAGCAGAAAAGCUAAUACUAUGGUCACAAAACGUCAGUGUGUCAUCAACCAUUUCUUAUUUCAUUGCCAGCACUUGACAUUUGGUCUCUCUUACCCUAUUACCAACCUGUGCAUUUCACAGGGCACAUUCUGCCAUAUUUUAUUAUUUAAGCUAAUAUUAACAUGUCAUUGGUAAUAAAUGCAUGUUUUUCUGCAUAUCUGUUCUACAUAUGGCAAAAAAAGAA